GAUUGGUGUAGCUGAACAUGUGUGAGCUUCUGGACUCGUGUGUGUGCAGUUAAAAGAGACCUUGACUGUGACAGCAUUUGGAUAUUAUGUUCCUGAUGCAUUAUAAGAUCAGAAAAUGUUUUCUGGUUGGUAUGAGACAUUCUCUGUGGAUAUGCCACCUGAGAGGGAAGCAUGAAAGAUCAGGGGUUGCAAUACUGAAACAGAAAUCUGUACAAUAUUCAAAGUCCAGUGUGCUUGUAAACACUCCAGCAAGAAGAUGUUUAAGUCACGAGUGUGUACGAACAAUAACUUCCAGUUAUACUGCUAAUACAAACUCGACAAACAAAGUUGAACUGCUUGGUAGGUUUUACACUCGAGAUGAUUACACUAAUGUCACAAACAGAAUUCUUUCAAAAGUUGGUAAAAAUCUACACAACAAGAUGUACCAUCCUUUGUGGUUAAUAAAAGAAAGGAUCAAGGAUCACUUCUACAAGCAAUACAUGGGGCGUUCUGGAUCUCCACUUUUCUCGGUCUAUGAUGAUUUAGGCCCUGUUGUGACAACAGAGCAGAACUUUGACAGAUUGCUUAUUCCUUUUGACCAUCCCAGCAGACAAAAGGGGGACAAUUACUAUUUGAAUAGUACUCACAUGCUUCGUGCUCAUACUUCAGCCCACCAGUGGGACUUGAUGCACUCAGGAUUGGAUGCUUUCUUGGCUGUUGGAGAUGUUUAUCGUCGUGAUGAAAUUGACAGAAGUCACUACCCCGUGUUUCAUCAGAUGGAAGGAGUUUGUCUAUUUUCAAAUCAUCAGUUGUUUGCUGAAGUGGAACAUAAAGAUUGUUGCCAGUUGUUUGAGCAAGGCCUUCGCACACCUGACAAACAAGAAACACAUACCUUGGAAGCUGUGAAACUGGUGGAGUUUCAAUUAAAGCAAACACUCUCUAAACUUAUAACACAUCUAUUUGGUGAAGGUCUGGAAAUAAGAUGGGUUGAUUGCUACUUUCCGUUUACACACCCUUCUUUUGAGAUGGAGAUCAAAUUCCAAGGAGAGUGGAUGGAAGUACUUGGCUGUGGAGUCAUGGAACAGCAGCUUGUAAACUCAGCUGGUGCUCAUGAAAAAAUUGGCUGGGCAUUUGGUCUUGGAUUAGAAAGAUUGGCAAUGAUCCUAUAUAGUAUUCCUGACAUCCGUUUAUUCUGGAGUGAAAACGAGCUGUUCCUGAAACAAUUCCUUGUGCCUGACAUUAAUCAACAAAUAACAUUUGAGCCAUAUAGUAAAUAUCCUUCUUUGACCAACGACAUUUCAUUUUGGCUGCCCAGCAAGGGUUAUACAGAGAAUGAUUUCUAUGAUCUUGUUCGGAGCAUUGGAGGAGAUUUGGUUGAAAAAGUGUCCCUGGUUGAUACAUUUACUCAUCCAAAAACAAGAAAAACAAGUCAUUGCUACCGCAUUGAAUAUCGUCAUAUGGAACGAACCCUCACACAGGCAGAAAUUAAUACAAUACAUGGCAAUAUUGAAAAAUCUGCAGUGGAAGAGCUGGGUGUUGAAGGAAGAUUUUAAAUAUUUGAUAACAUGUUUGUCUUUUUUUGUCUUUUUUAAAAAAAAAAAAAUAGUACAUGCCCACUUAGCUUUGAACAAUAAAGAUAAUAAAGUCACUGAUAAAACUAUAACGGCUUUAUUUAUACCAGAAUAACAAAGUAAACAACUUCCAAAGUUCUAUUUAACAUUUUCCUAGAUGCUGUGCUUCAUAAUAUCUAAGUUGGGUCUUAUUGUACAAUGUUUUUAUUUUCCGCUAUUGGUAUUUUGGUCAGCCAUUUCAUUCCAAUGCUCUAUUUUGUUGGUAAAACGCCAGUCUCCCCUAUGUGGAUAAAUUGCAUUCUAAUCUACUAUAUAACAUUUAUACACUCUAUUAAAAAUUAAUUCAGAUUAUAAAAUAUAUUUAUAUUUACUAAACAUAUUGGAGCCAAUACAAUAUUGAACCUAUUAAGACUUAGGGCCCGAUGAUCUAAACUUCCAGGGAUCAGACGUGUUUUUUCUCACCAACCUUCACAGGGGCUACCCUGGUGGAAUUAUAUUUAAAAGGGGGGCUGUCCCUGCAAUUAGCAAGAUGUCUCCUAUUUAAAGUAAUGGAGCUUGAUGGAUAGGGACACUUCUUUCCAUAGAGCAAAGCUAGCAGUAAGCAGGGGGCACACUUUAAAAAGUAAAUCCUGCAGGCAAUAUACAUCACAUUACGCUGCUUUCUUCGUAUAGCAUUUGCAAUCGCCUAUAUUUCCUUAUGCACGUGUUUGUUUAUUAGGAUUAUAAGUAUUAUGAGUGUUUUGAGAAAAGCUUGUCACCUUUUACUGUGAGAUCUGAAGUGCAAAAAUACUUACAGAAUUACACCCAACGCUACGGAAUUUGGCGGCGGUAUGCAAAUAAAUGAUAAUAAUAAAAUACACUGGGAUGGAAUUAGAGAGACAAUUUCAUAUAAGCUCAUGGAUCGCCCAUGUUCAGUUAAUUUUAUGAAAAGACAACAAUUAAAAGUAUGUUGUGGUUAUAA